UUUAAAUAAAACCAGUUGUUACUACAUUAAGUGUAUUUGCAUACAUGCAUACAUAGUAAGAUAAUGUGUUGAAUGUUGAUAAUUUUUUAGUUGUACUCUUGCAACGAAUCAGUUAAGAUCGUCGAAACCUCUUCUUAAACUAUGUACACUUUUCCGUUUGAAAUCACCGAUGUUGAGCCACGGCUAAACACUGAACUACUACACUAUUUCAAGGGUGAGCGUACAGGGUUUGUGCAGGUGGGACCUGAAAAGUACUUUUUUCCACACAAAUACAAAUUAGAAGCACAAAAUUUCUACAAUUUCCAAUCGCGCCCAGACGAUAUUUGGUUGGCGACAUUUCCUCGAUCAGGCACUACCUGGACUCAAGAGUUAGUUUGGUUGUUGGAAAAUAAUUUAGACUUUAGUACAGCCAAAAGUCAGCUGCUCACCGAAAGGUUUCCAUUCUUCGAGUUUUCCUUGUUUGUACAUGAUGAAAUCAAAGCUGAGUUGUUGUAUGAAAAUGUUGGUGACAAGAAAAAACAAGAAUUCAUCGAACAUAUAUCUACACCAGGCUAUAAGAUUCUCGACGAAUGGUCAAGUGAUAAAAAGAGAUUUAUUAAAACACAUUUUCCUUUCUCACUGUUGCCUCCCAGUAUUUUUCAAGAAAAGUGCAAGAUCAUAUAUGUGGCACGAAAUCCCAAGGAUGUUGCUGUUUCUUACUAUCACCUUAAUCGUUUGUACCGAACUCAGGGCUACAUUGGUGACUUUUCACGUUAUUUGAAUUAUUUUUCAAGAGGCUUAAAUCCCUGGCUCCCAUAUUACAGUCACAUCAAGGAAGCCAUGGAUCACAGUCAUCUGCCAAACAUACUAAUUCUUAACUACGAGGAUAUGGUAACCGACUUGACUGGUGCAAUUUUAAAACUGACCACAUUUUUAAAUCGAUCUAUUAGUACAGAGGGAUUACAAAAUUUAAUCCAACAUUUGGAUAUAAACAAUUUUCGAGAAAAUCCGGCUGUAAACGGGAGUGAAAUGGCCGACAUAGGAGUUUUGAUCGAAGGUGAAGAGAGCUUUGUACGAAAAGGUGGAAGUGGAAAACGAGAGGAGUUAAUGAAUGAUACAGGAUUAAUAAAAGUUAUAGAUCAAUGGAUUAUGGAAAAUAUGAAAAAAUCUAUUGCGUAAGUUUAAAUUGUUCAAAAAGUUAAUAAAAGGUGUGAAACUAUUGUAUUACCGUUAGUUUAACCAUAAUUGUAAAAUUUUUACCAUUUUUGAUACUAUAAUUAAUGCAAACAGGACAAGAAAUUUUAUGCUGCCAAAGCCUUAUUUACAAAAUUUUCCAGGAAGUUGACCACCCUUCGAUCAAGGCUCAAUUAAUUUACGAAUUUCGCGUGGAUAACACAGUUCGCUUUUAUAAGUUUUCUGUAAGUUUCUGGCAACUCUAUUAAUGCAAGAGCCGCUUAUGGUCGAUAAUUGUGGAUCAAUGCAAUUAGAAAUGCCACCUUCCCUCAAAUUUUCUGAAAAACUCGUUCUGCCGUUCAACCAUAAUGCGUUUAUGUUUGACAUUUUCUUCUUUCUUUAGGCGAAUUCAAGUUAUUGUUACUUGAUUUUGGUAAUAACGCCUCGAUGAUAUCCCAAAUGGAUUUUUAAACAAAUGUCACCGAACGUUUUACAGUUUAUUAAUGUUAAAGAAUUCAACCAACGUAUUUA